GGCUCCCAGGCCGGCUGGGCUCCCGGGGCUCGGGAUUGGCCCUGGGCCGCCCCGCCCUGCCGAGUCUGCGGUGUCCGCCUCGGGGCUGAGUCACGCCGAAUAGAUAGAGAGUUUAUCGGCGCGUGUCCUCCAGAUCGUGUUCUGCGCUUACAAAUAUAGCGGCUGAGCGCACCGCUCGGAAGAGGCUCGGGGCCUCGCGCGUCCUUGCGGCCAGGGGUGUAAACAGCCUCGCCGCGGGACUGCAGCCCGCAGGACCCUGUCAGCUCCCGCCCGCGCCUGGGAGGUAAUUGCAUGCUCCCACGAUGGGACAUAAAGUGGUCGUGUUUGACAUUUCCGCCGUCAGAGCCUUGUGGGAAACUCGGGUCAGGAGGCACAAAGCGUGGCAGAAGAAGGAGGCGGAGCGGCUGGAGAAGAGCGCCUUGGAGAAGAUAAAGGAGGAGUGGAACUACGUGGCCGAGUGCCGGCGGCUGGGCAUCCCGCAGGCCGAGUACUGCAGGAAUGGCUUUGUGGACACCAGCGUGAGGCUUCUAGAAAGGAUCGAGAGGAACUCCCUCAUCAGGCAGCGGUCGCUCGCCAAGGGCGGAGGCAAGCAGAGCAGUCCGUUUGUGUUAGAACUCUCAGGGGAGCACUGGAAGGAGCUCCCAGACUCGUUGAAGGAGCAGACACACCUGAAAGAAUGGCACAUAAGCAAUACUCUGAUUCAGAUCAUUCCUGCCUAUAUUGAGCUGUUUCAAGCAAUGAGGGUUCUGGAUCUGCCAAAAAACCAAAUCUCCCAUCUCCCAGCUGAGAUCGGCCGCUUGAAGAACCUGAGAGAACUCAACGUGAGCUUCAACCAUCUGAAGAGCAUUCCUCCAGAACUGGGGGACUGUGAGCACCUCGAGAGACUGGAUUGUUCUGGAAAUCUAGACCUAACCGAGCUGCCCUUCGAGUUAAGUAAUUUGAAGCGAGUUACCUUUGUAGAUAUCUCCGCCAACAAGUUUUCCAGCGUCCCGAUCUGUGUCCUGCGGAUGGCUAAUUUGCAGUGGUUUGAUAUCAGCAACAACAACCUGAAUGACCUGCCACAAGACAUAGACAGGCUGGAAGAACUGCAGAGCUUUCUCUUGUAUAAAAACAAGCUGACCUAUCUCCCGUACGCCUUGCUUAACCUAAAGAAGCUCGCCUUGAUAGUCGUCAGUGGGGACCAUUUGGUGGAGGUUCCAACUGCUCUUUGUGACUCGUCCACACCAUUAAAGUAUGUAAGCCUGAUGGACAAUCCUAUUGAAAAGACCCAAUGUCAAGAAGGUGAUGAAGUGCUGGAGACCGAACGGGAUCGCCAGCAUUUUGAUAAGGAAUUUAUGAAAGCUUAUAUUGAAGAUCUGAAAGAAAGAGAAUCUGUUCCCAGCUAUACCACCAAGGUAUCUUUCAGCCUUCAGCUUUGACAUCACCCAUGAGAAGACUGCAGAAUCUCGCACCCUGUGGAGUUUCAAAUCUUCGAGUCUGGGUGAUGCCGUUCAGCACUACUGGCUUGUGUUUAAAGACAAAGUCUAGAAACUGCUGUCACAGCUGUCAAGUUUCAGAUGGAUGAAUCUCUCCAUGAGCUGGAAAAUCGAUAAUUGAUUUAUAUGUUGAUGUUUAUAGACUCAUUUGCAUAUUCAUGUUUCCAAAUAAUGCACAUUCAAUAUUUUAGAAAAUAUAUUUUUAAGAUUUAUAACUUAAAGACCAAAUUCUGAACUGGAAUGUGUUGUUUUUUAGGAAGCAAGGGAUAAAAGUGCUGUGAGAAGAGCAUUUAUGUUGGAAUAGUCAGAUGAAACAUUGUAAUUUUGAAACAAUUUUAAUGCAUUAUUUCUCUGAGAAAUAAUUGUACAAAUGGCUAUUUCCAUAUGUUUUAAAUGAUCGUUUGGGAAAUGUUGGCUCUUGGGAGAGACUUCAGUUAUCAUCUGGGCCUUGCAGGUAGAACUGGCGUCACGUGGAGUGUAGGUGGCCCUAGUUGAGCAGGCAUGGGCCUGGCUGACUGUGGGAAGUGUGGGAUAGCAUGCCUGGAUGGUCAUCUUGCCAUCCCAGACCCCACCUCAGAGUAAAGACAGUGUCCUUAGGGCUCUCUCCCCAAAGGUGGCCCUGUGUGACAAGGGGGAUGACUUCACACUGACAGGGAGACCCCAGCAAGGCUCCCCUGUGGGCACCACCAGAGUCUGUGACCCUAGCAAAGAUGCUACGGGCCAAAGGGGGCCUCGUGGCUGUUUUAGAUUGGCAAGGGAGGGGUUCAUUACAAGUCUUUGACGCCUACAUUGCAUCACAGGAUGUGUGGAAUUUGUACAAAGUCUCUAUUUUUAUACUAUUCUGUUGUGCUAAAACACUCAAAAACAGGACGUGGCUUAGUGGCUUAGGGUCUUUUUUUUUUUACAGAUUUAUCUAUUUUUUUAAAGGUAGAGUGACAGAGAGAGAGAGGGAGAGAUAAAGAUCUUCUAUCCACUAGUUCACACUCGAAAUGGCUUCAGCUGCUGGGGCUGGGCCAAGCCGAAGCCAGGAGCCAGAAACUCCAUCAGGGUCUCACACGCAGGUGCAGGGGCCCAAGCACUAGGGCCAUCUUCCACUGCUUUCCCAGGCCAUUAGCAGGGAGUUGGACGGGAAGUGGAGCAGCUGGGACUCAAACCAGUGCUGGUAUAUGGGAUGCCAUCGUUGCAAAUGGUGGCUUACUGUUUUCAAGAUAAGCUUAGAGGAGUAGCUUCUGUGACUAAGUAGGGGGAUAUAUGUAAAUUCGUGUAAAGGUGUGCGGAUUCUCCUCUGUGGUCCAGCCCAGUGCCAACCAGUAGAGCUCUCUGCAGUGAAGGAGACGCUGGACCUGCAUUGUGCAGUGCAGUAACUGCCAGGCAUGCGAGCUUCUUGAGCUCUGAGCAGUGACUGGUGUGACUCAAGAAUUAAAUUUCAUGCAUGAUGGGGUCUGAGUAGCCACAUGGGAUCUAGCCAGUCGGGGUUUGGGGACGUUAAGCUGGUGUUUGAAAUGGGGAUUUUAAUUUUCUUUCAUCUUAAGAGCAGGUCGGUCUUCAGGGCUCACGUUUAGAAAGGGUCACAGUGACACUGUUUUGUCUCUGAGGGCUCAGCCCUGGGCUCAGAGGUUUAAGUGCUGCAGGUGUGAGGCAGGCAGAGGCGUCUGAAACCCCGAGGGACAGCUCUAGGGCACUGCUUCGCUGAGAAGCAGGUCAACAGAGGAACCUAGAGCGACGAGAAAUCGGUCACUUUAACUGAACCUUAAGUGAACUGUAGGUUUAUUUUAAGACUUAAAAAUGCAAUUUAGAUUAUGAGUUGUACUCCUUGGUUGAUUCUGGACUUUGAUUUCAUGCCAAGGUCCAUGUUAUAGGUAGCCAAAUGGAAACUAUAUUUGAAAGGGGGAAGGGGAAACUUUCACACAAAUAGACUGUCUGUAAUUUAUGUACAUUUUAUUUCAGUAAAAGCAAUCGUAUGUAAAA